AUGGAGUCGACAGCAUCAGCAGCAGCUGCUGCUGCUCCUGCUGCAGCGGCAGCAGCACCACCAGAUCCUUCUGCAUCAGGGGCGAUGAAAGAAGCAGCAGCAGCAGCACCAACGACUGCAGCAGCAGACACAGCAGCAGCAGCAGACACAGCAGCAGCAGCAGCAGCAGCAGCAGCAGCAGAUACCAGCCUGCUGCUGCUGCUGCCCGAGCUACCCAUUAGCCCCCCAGUAGAGCGAUUGCAGAACAAAGCAGCAGCAGCAGCACCACCAACUGCAGCAGCAGACACAGCAGCAGCAGCAGACAGCUGCUGCAGCAGGUGCAACAACAGGUGCAGCAGCAGCAGCAACAGCAGCAGCAGCAGCAGCAGCAGGUGCUGCCGCAGCAACAAUGGAGUCGACAGCAUCAGCAGCAGCAGCUGCUGCUCCUGCUGCAGCGGCAGCAGCAACACCAGAUCCUUCUGCGUCAGGGGCGAUGAAGGAAGCAGCAGCAGCAGCACCACCAACUGCAGCAGCAGACACAGCAGCAGCAGCAGACACAGCAGCAGCAGCAGCAGCAGCAGCAGCAGCAGCAGCAGCAGAUACAAGCCUGCUGCUGCUGCUGCCCGAGCUACCCAUUAG